AACACAACACUUGAAUCAUGAAAUCCUUAAAAUUAAUUCUUUUUUUCUUAUUAAUCAGUUUUUAUCAUUUAAACAAACACGUGGGUUGUGCGCCUACAUCGAAACGAUCUUUCAUUGAUGAAAAUGAUUCAAAUUGUUCAGAAACAGAGGUUUCAACCAUCUCAUUUAAUAUGAACGACGAAAUGGAAAAAAACAUCGAACCGAUUCUUACAGAAGCUUUUAACCGAUAUCAAAAUGUUACUGAUCGUGAAAAUUUUGUAAGUACAAUGUUUUCAAAACGUUUUCCAAAUAGAAAUUGGAAAGCGUUUGAAAAAUUUGGAUCAAUGAUGUGUGAAGUAGCUAUUAUUGAAUGGAAACAAGAUUGCAUUUCUGCUAAUUAUACUAUUUAUUCAACUGCUUUAAAUGGAACAACUUGUGAAUGAAAUGUUUUCUAGAUUAAGAUUUUCUUCAACGUUAUAUUCAACAAAAUUUAUUGAAUAAACAUUAAUAUUUUCAUUAA